AUGCGGGGGUUUGGGCCGGAGCGUGUGCUCGGGCUCGGGGAUGGGGGUGGGCAGGAGGCGGGCAGCAGCAGGGUGGCGGGAGGCCGGGUGCGGCUGCGGGCCCCGCCCCUCAGCACCCCCCACCUGGGGCCCGGCCGGCUCUGGUUGGCUCCCGUGGAGCGCCGCUCGCCCUAUCACACACCUGCGCGGUUGCCAGUCAUCUUCAAGGAAGCUGGGGACUUCCGCCUGGACAAGAUGGUGGAUCCAAGGGACGACCUUGAAGGUGACCUCAUCCUUUCCCACGGAUUUAAAUACCAUCUCUACGCCCGUGACUCCCAAGUGUUCCUCUCACCUCCAGUUUGGUGUAUCCACCUGCCACCAGUUAAACAGCCCUUGUCUACCGCCGUUUGUCAGUUUGGUCUUGUCUGGUCCUUUGGCUUAAUCAUCUCCCUGCUGGAACGUGUAGGCCCCGUAAAAGCCAAGGACUGUUCCAGUAAGGGGCCACCUGCUUCCCAGCUGAGAGUGACCCUGGAGAAGCCGACACGUAGGGGCAAGGGUGGGAGCCCGGGGACCCCUCAGGAGACUGUGGCAAUAGGCCAGGUGAGAGAUGAUGGGGGCCCAGGCUGGGCUGGUGGCCGGGAGACAUGGGUGGAUUCCGGGUACACUGUGAAGGUGAGCGCACAGGACUGCCGGCAGAUUGGGUAUGAGGUUCCUGCCCAGCAGGUGAAGGGUUUUGGGAUUUGCGGGAAGGAGGACAUGGAAACAAUACAGUCUCUACUGUGUAUUCUCUAUGCUAGCAGGGGAGCAGAAGGCUUCCUGGAGGAGGUGGCCACACUGGACACUCCGAGACUCAGGGCGAGUAUUGAAUGGACGAAGGAAGGAAUGAGGCUGCAGAGCCUCAGGAGCCUCCCCCAGGGGGCUGCCAUCCCAGACCGCCGAGUUGGGCACAGCCCAGCACAGAGCCCGGCCGAGGGGGGCGGCGCGUCCCCCAGCCCCGCAGCCCCGCCGUCCCCGCCUCCCCUGGCCGACCCUGACCUGGCUGUGCUCUCUCUCCCCCCCGCCCCCCCGCCAGGGUGCUGUGUGGAACUGUUGCUGCUGCUGCUGGCGGGGGAGCUGCCCCUGGGCGGCGGCUGCCCGCGGGACUGCGUGUGCUACCCGGCACCCAUGACGGUCAGCUGCCAGGCGCACAACUUCGCCGCCAUCCCCGAGGGCAUCCCGGAGGACAGCGAGCGCAUCUUCCUGCAGAACAACCGCAUCACCCUCCUCCAGCAGGGCCACUUCAGCCCCGCUAUGGUCACCCUGUGGAUCUACUCCAACAACAUCACCUUCAUCGACCCCAGCACCUUCGAGGGCUUCGUGCACCUGGAGGAGCUGGACCUUGGCGACAACCGGCAGCUGCGGACGCUGGCGCCGGAGACCUUCCAGGGCCUCGUGAAGCUCCACGCCCUCUACCUCUAUAAGUGCGGGCUCAGCGCCCUUCCAGCAGGUAUCUUCGGUGGACUGCACAGCCUGCAGUACCUCUACCUGCAGGACAAUCACAUCGAGUACCUGCAGGACGACAUCUUCGUGGACCUGGUCAACCUCAGCCACCUGUUCCUCCAUGGCAACAAGCUGUGGAGCCUGGGCCAGGACACGUUCCGGGGGCUGGUGAACUUGGACCGGCUACUGCUGCACGAGAACCGGCUGCAGUGGGUCCACCACAAGGCUUUCCACGACCUCCGCAGGCUGACCACCCUCUUUCUCUUCAACAACAGUCUCUCCGAGCUGCAGGGCGACUGCCUGGCACCCCUGGGAGCCCUGGAGUUCCUCCGCCUCAACGGGAAUGCUUGGGAUUGCGGCUGCCGGGCGCACUCCCUGUGGGAAUGGCUGCGGAGAUUCCGGGGCUCCAGCUCUGCCGUCCCCUGCGCGUCCCCCGAGGUGCGGCAAGGCCAGGACCUGAAGCUGCUGAGGGCCGAGGACUUCCGGAACUGCACGGGGCCAGCCUCCCCGCACCAGAUCAAGUCGCACACGCUCACCACCACCGACAGGGCUGCCCGCAAGGAGCACUACCCGCCCCGCGGCUCUGCCAGGGACAGGGGCCACCCACAUGGCCACCUGCCCGGCUCCCGCCCAGGCCACCGGAAGCCGGGCAAGAACUGCACCAGCCACAGGAAUCGCAACCAGGUGUCCAAGGCGGGCACCGGAAAGCAGGCCCACGAGCUGCAGGACUACGCCCCUGACUACCAGCACAAGUUCAACUUUGACAUCAUGCCCACUGGGCGGCCCAAGAGGAAGGGCAAGUGUGCCCGCAGGACCCCCAUCCGUGCCCCCAGCGGGGUGCAGCAGGCCUCCUCGGGCAGUUCCCUGGGAGCCUCCCUCCUGGCCUGGAUACUGGGGCUGGUGGUCACUCUCCGCUGAGGACCUGGGGCGCCAGCACCCAGCACUGCCACGUGUCCACCAAGGAACAGAAUCUCUUUUCUUUUUUUUUAACAAGUGGAGGAUCUGCUGGGUUUCAGGCAAAGGCUGGUAAGGUCUUCGGCUGUGGUCUGGGCCCUGCCUGGUGGAUUAUAAACCCAAAGUGUACAGCCCCAAAGUGGGAAGGGAUUAGGGAGCGCAUCACACCCAGCUGUCCAGCCAGGCCCUGCCGAGCGCCCACGGACAGCAUCCAUCCAGCAAGGUGGUUACAGCCCGCAAAGUGAAUCCUUCAUUAGCAGCAAUGGGACAGUGCCCCACAGGAGCUGGGCUCUGUGGAAUCCCGGUCAUUGGAGAGGUCUGAAGGGCCCCCUGCCAUCCCUGGACGAAGCAAAACUUAGAGGAGAAGAGCUGAGGCUCACCCAAGAGGCUGGGUAUCCCAGCCGCCUGGGAACACAGAAGCAGCUGGUGUUUUGGCUCUUGCCUG